GACACCGCGGAGUUCCUGCGUCCCCUCACCCUCACGCUGCGCCUGGCGCUGCCCGACCCCGUGGGACCGGCGCUGGACGAGGGCUCCCCGACCGUCAUCCGCACGCAGAUCCCCUUCUUCAAGGACUGCGGGGAGGACGACGUGUGCGUCACCGACCUGGUGCUGCGCGCCACCAUGCAGCCCCUGGGCGCCGGCGGCGCUCCCGGCGUGGUGCGGGGCGGCCGCCGGAAGGUGCGCGUGGAGGCGGCGCUGCAGAACCGAAAGGAGAACGCGUACAACGCGCGCCUGGCGCUGCGCUCCUCCGCCAACCUGCACUUCUCCAGCAUGGCGCUGCCGGAUGGCAGCGCAGUGAAGCUGGAGUGCGCGGCGCUGGGGGAGCAUCAGCAGCUGUGCAGUGUGGGUUCCCCCGUGUUCCGCUCCAUGGCCAAGGUGGUCUUCGCGCUGGAGUUUGAGUUCAGCUGCUCUGUGCUGCUCAACCGAGUGGAAGUGGCACUGGAGGCCACCAGCGACAGCACCGAACCCAACGCGACGCUGUGGGACAACGCGGUUCUGCUCUCUGCCCCCAUCCGCUACGAACCCGACCUCUUCCUGUCCAGCGAGGCCACCCUGCACCGCUACGAGGUGCACCCGCACGGCACCUUCCCGCACGGCCCCGGCCCCGAAUUCAGAACCACGGUGAAG